CUGCAACAUGAGCGGCGAGACAGUGUGCGUGACGGGCGGCUCGGGCUUCCUCGGCUCGUAUGUCGUCAAGCUCCUGCUCGAGAGAGGCUACCGCGUCAAGACAACCGUGCGCAAUGUACAGGAUGCCAAGAAGGUCGCGCAUCUGCGCGCACUACCCGGCGCUGCCGAGCGCCUUGAGCUCUGCCAGGCCGACCUCCUCGAGGAAGGCUCGUUUGACAAGGCGAUCGAAGGCUGCGUAGGCGUCUUCCACACGGCGUCGCCCUUCUUCGUCAAGAACCAGACGCGCGACGCUCUUGUCGUGCCCGCGGUCCAAGGCACCCUCAACGUCCUCCGCUCGUGUGCGCGCCACGCGACCGUCCGGCGCGUCGUCUUGACUUCGUCCAUGGCGGCCAUUUACGUGCAUUGCGACACGCUGCCCGACGACCAUGUUUUUACCGAGGCUGACUGGAGCCACGAAGAUCGGAUGGAGAAGCUCGGGCUGUGGUACUGCCUCAGCAAGACGGUCGCUGAGCGCACGGCGAACGCGUUUAUCGCCGAGACGCAGCCGGCCUUUGACCUCGUCGCCAUGUGCCCGACGCUCAUCUUGGGCCCGAUGCUGCCGCCGUCCAUGAACGAGAGCAGCGACAAGAUCUUCAAGCUCGCGAAUGGCGACACCAAAGUGCUGUCGCUGGCGGGACGCACGCUCGUCGACGUACGUGACGUGGCGCUCGCGCACGUCGUUGGCUUUGAAAAGCCCGAGGCCAAUGGCCGCUACAUGCUCGUGAGCUGCUUCGCGACCGACCAGGAGAUCGUCGAUGGGAUGCGCCGCGUCGACCCGACCAUCACCGUGACGGCGACCGCGUCACCUGGACAACCCGCGCCGCGCAUCAACUUUGACACCAACAAGGCGCGGACGGGGCUCGGGAUUACGUUUCACUCGCUGGACGCGAUGCUUGAAGGGACGUGCGUCAGCCUCCACGAGCACAAGUUUCUCGGAGCCAGCUAGUAUACAACCAGAAUUUAUACUCUACACUCGAUUCUAUUCGCGAUGGACA